CGUUAUUCUGUCAUCUACUGGGAACACUGGUGGGGACGUUAUUCUGUGCCGUGUGUUGGUGGACGGGGGGAGUGGGUCAAUGAAUCAGAAGUCAUUUUUAAUCAAGUAAAUUCUCUCUUUUAGACUAUAUUUUAAUUGCACAUUCAUAUUGACUCGGAGUACUUGACACGGGCAGUGCAGGAACGGGACGCGCAACACUUCCGGGGACGGGACAGUUGCAGCCAGUCGUGUAACGCGAUGUUACGGCGGACCGGCCCCCAGCUGCUGUUCCUCAUCGCCCUGUGCAGCGUGCUGUACUCCCGGACGCUGAGUCUGCCGUACACGUCCAUGAGGCCGGCGAGACACGCGGACGGUCUGUUCACCAGCGGGUACAGCAAGCUCCUCGGGCAGCUGUCAGCGCGGAGGUACCUGGAGUCUCUGAUCGGGAAGCGGGUCAGUGAUGAGCUGAUGGAGGAGCCGGUGAAGCGCCACUCGGACGCCAUCUUCACAGACAACUACAGCCGCUUCCGCAAACAGAUGGCCGUUAAGAAGUACCUGAACUCAGUGCUCACCGGAAAGAGAAGCCUAGAAGAUCCUGGCGCCAGCGACCCGGAGGAGGCCAGGGACGAACCCAACACCUUCCAGGAGAGCUACGACGACUUCAACGUAGACCACCUCCUCAACAACUUUCACCUGCCACUUUGAGGAGGAGAGCGUGUUCGAGCGGAGACCUCAAGUCCUCCUCAUGAAGCCGCCCACAACAACAACAACAACAACAACAACAACAACAACAACAACAACAACACUGUAUUAAUCCCAACGGACAUUGGAAAGUCAAAUCAGCCAAUGGUGAUGAUGUGUUCUCCCAUGUUGUUAUGUAUCCAUUCAUCCACACAGUACCCGUUCACACUGGAUCUAUAUAAAUACACACACACACAUAUAUAUAAUGUGUGUGUGUGUGUGUGUGUACACUAUAGACGCUCAGUGUUGGACCACUAGAACAGAAGAACCACAUUUAGGUUCCUUUCAGAUUUGUUGUUCAUUGACUUUCAUUUGAACCGUUUUCAAUGUAAAAGUUAACUUCGUCCCAGUUGAUAGACGCCCCCAUCGUCAACAAACAGCCUUUUCUGUUUCCUCCUCCUAAGCUCCACCAAUAGGAAACAGCAAUAGGUGGAACAACCUGCAUUAUUAAUGUUAAUCAACCAAUAGUUGUGUCUCCAUUGAGCUUCAGUGUAUUCACUACUUACCUCUACAGACAUAUAAACACACGUGUUAACGCCAUUAGGGCGAUCACUUCCUGUACGUCAUUGAUCUGCAUGGGACAUAAACCUGUUGUCUUCUAUCCAAAUGAACAUUUACAGUUUAUUUAAAGUGCUGCUUUGUUUCAGAGAAUCCGAACGUGGUCAUUUCGUGAUAACAGAGGAGACACGGAUACAUUUAAUCACUGUAAACUAUCAUAACUGAUAAUCAAUAAAAGAUAUUGGUUUAUUU